CUGAAAAACAAGCCGGUAAGUCAGCUGACGUCCCUGGCUGCGGUGUCCCGGACAUUUACGAGGUUGCGGAUAGCUUCUGAACAGAGCGAGGUGAGCCCACGCCCGCGAGCGAGGAGUCGCGCGGACCAAGCCCGCCGGGUGAAGACCCCGACUCGUCUCGGCUUCUCAGCCGCAGCUUCCCCUGCUGGGUCGGCCUCACGCCUCCGCCCGGCUGGCUGCAGGGAUUCGGUACCGUCCUCCUCUCGUCCUUUUUUUGUUAGAAAUCUCUUUUUUGCUACGGCUGCUAAAACUGAGACAAGACGUCAAGAUAGACCACCCCCCGCAAAAGCGAGCGGAGGCUGAUGGGACUGACGUAUCAACUUGUUGAAGCACAACGGGACUGGGUGCUGAGCUGAUUGAAACAGACUGACGAUUUGGUUCACCGAAAGUGACUAAUCCAAGCUACAUUAGACCAUUGGAAACUCUUGUUUCUGCAGCUUUCAGCCCUCUGCUACAAUGCGUCUUUACUACUUGUGAUUUUAUCGUGUACCCCCGAAACCCUACCAAAUAUGAAGAAAAACCGAGAAAGAUUCUGCAACAAAGAAAGGGAAUUUGUGUAUACAUUCAAAAUAGGAAAUGAGUCCUUCGAACUGAGGGUGCCCCUCACGUUUCCUGUUCAAGAGAAUGCCAGUCAUUUGCAUGGACGUUUGAUGCUGCUGCACAAUUUGCCAUGCUUCAUAGAAAAUGACUUAAAAGAAUCUCUGAGCCAGUUUAUAGAGGAAGAAGCCCUUCGAGAUUACGACGCAGAUGCUGAGGCAGCCUUGGAAGCUGUGAAAUCAGGCGAAGUAGAUUUACAUCAGCUGGCUAGUACGUGGGCCAAAGUGUACACCGAGACCACCUUAGAGCAUGCAAGGCCGGAAGAGCCCAGCUGGGAUGAAGAUUUUGCAGAUGUGUACCAUGACCUGAUCCAUUCUCCUGCCUCGGAAACUCUCCUGAAUCUGGAACAUAAUUACUUUGUUAGUAUCUCAGAACUUAUUGGUGAAAGAGAUGUGGAGCUGAAAAAAUUAAGAGAGAGACAAGGCCUUGAAAUGGAGAAGGUGAUGCAGGAGUUGGGAAAAUCACUCACAGAUCAAGACGUAAAUUCACUGGCUGCUCAACAUUUUGAAUCCCAGCAAGACUUAGAGAAUAAAUGGUCAAAUGAAUUAAAACAAUCAACAGCUAUCCAAAAACAAGAGUAUCAAGAAUGGGUGAUAAAACUUCAUCAAGACUUAAAAAACCCCAACAACAGCUCCCUGAGUGAGGAGAUUAAAGUUCAGCCAAGUCUGUUCAGAGAAUCUGUAGAUGCAAUUGGAAGGAUUUAUGAGGAACAGAGGAAGUUAGAAGAAAGUUUCACCAUUCACUUAGGAGCCCAGCUGAAGACCAUGCACAACUUGAGGUUGCUGAGGGCAGAUAUGCUGGACUUCUGCAAGUAUAAAAGAAAUCUUCGCAGUGGUGUGAAGCUCCACCGGCUCCAGACAGCGCUGUCCCUGUAUUCCACAUCACUCUGCGGCCUGGUCUUACUGGUGGACAAUCGAAUUAAUUCAUAUAGUGGUAUUAAGAGAGAUUUUGCCACAGUUUGCCAAGAGUGCACCGACUUUCAUUUCCCCCGAAUUGAAGAGCAACUGGAAGUCGUUCAGCAGGUGGCGCUCUAUGCCAGGACCCAGCGCAGCAGUAAGGUGAAAGACCAAGAUUCUGGGAACCAAAAUGGAGCGAAUGACGAGAAGACUGCUGAGAGAAACUAUUUAAACAUUUUACCUGGAGAGUUUUACAUAACACGCCACUCCAACCUCUCAGAGAUCCACGUCGCUUUCCAUCUUUGUGCGGAUGACAGUGUGAAAUCAGGGAGCAUCACUGCUCGGGACCCUGCCAUCAUGGGCCUCCGGAACAUCCUCAAAGUCUGCUGCACUCACGACAUCACGACAAUCAGCAUUCCUCUCUUGCUGGUACACGACAUGUCAGAGGAAAUGACUAUCCCCUGGUGCUUACGAAGAGCAGAGCUGGUGUUCAAGUGUGUCAAAGGUUUCAUGAUGGAAAUGGCCUCAUGGGACGGAGGAAUUUCUAGGACAGUACAAUUCCUGGUGCCGCAGAGUAUUUCUGAAGAAAUGUUUUAUCAACUUAGUAACAUGCUCCCCCAGAUCUUCCGAGUGUCUUCGACACUCACUCUGACGUCCAAGCACUGACCCGUGGAGACUGACACUGGCAGAGGAGGAGUGACAAGCUCUCCAGGAACUUGAGCCAUGCUGGAGUCCUGUCAACAAAAGGUGCCCAGAAAGAGAAUCUGCAUCCUAAGCCACACGUCAGUCAUGAUCUGUGCCGGUUAAACAUCCCAGAAAUGCAUACGCCGAGCUCACUGGCACUGCCCAGGCCCCUGCAGUGCUUUUCGUAAGCUCUUCCCAAAGUCUGUCUUCCUCCUUGUACUGUCAGCAAAUGCUGGUGAGCGAAAGCGUCCUCUUCGUCACGUGUGGACCCUUGCUAUAGGAUUCUGUUCACUGCGUUUUCAUCAACUUUUCCAAAAGGCUUGAAUCAUAGACCAGGUACAGACCUUUUUUAAGCAUGCAAAUAAUAAAAUCUGCCACCACUUUGCCAAAUCAAAAUUAAAAAGCAUAGAAAUAAUCUGCAGGUAUGAGUUUCUCGUGA